AUGACGUCGCUGAGCAGGGAGCUGGUGUUCCUCAUACUCCAGUUCCUGGACGAGGAGAAGUUUAAAGAGUCCGUUCACAAGUGAGUCCUCCCUAGGGUUUCCAUGUCCUCCACUCCCCUCAAGCCGUCGUCGUCUUAUUCUUCUCUCAUGGCUUUGUCUUCCGCUGCCGCAGGUUGGAGCAGGAGUCGGGUUUCUUCUUCAAUAUGAAGUACUUUGAGGAAAAGGCACUUGCAGGGGAAUGGGACGAGAUCGAGAGAUAUCUCUCUGGUUUCACCAAGGUUGACGACAACAGAUACUCAAUGAAGAUCUUCUUCGAGAUCAGGAAGCAGAAGUACUUGGAGGCGCUUGAUAGGUUAGACCUUCCAUCUAUUUUUUUUGUAGUUUAUGAGAAAAAUUCUGAUAAUUCCUUACAAAAACGGCACACCUUCCUUUCAUUUUUAUGAUAAAAAUUAUUAAAUAAUUAACUUCACAUUAUUAUUAUUUAUAAUUCAUGAAAUAAUAAUUUCCUAGACUCUUUGAAAACAAAAUUCGUUCCCUUUUUCGUCUUUCUUAGCUUUUGAUAUGGUUUUCUUUGUCUUCUAGGCACGACAGGGCGAAGGCUGUCGAUAUACUGGUCAAGGAUCUGAAAGUGUUCUCAACGUUCAAUGAAGAGUUAUACAAGGAAAUUACUCAACUUCUCACACUCGAAAAUUUUAGGUGAAUAUUUUGUUGGUUUCAUUCUGUUUUUUCAAAACGAAUUCUUAUUCUUUCGAACCUAUUUUUUUUUACCGUCAACUGUAGUUUGAAGAUUCAUUAAUUACCAUUCUCAGGUUUCAGAGUUUAGCUGUUAGUGAGCACGCCGAUUACAUUUCGAAAGUUUUUCUCUUCUCAAUUUCCAGCAGACUUCUUGGGAGUUGGAUAUCUGAACUUAGACAGUGCAGUUUAACCCCCACUCUUGCUUAUUAUGACACUAAAACGAAUGCAAGAAUUCAGUGUCAAAAUAGUAAAAAUGUGUUAGAUGUUCAAGAUAAGUUUCCUGACCACUAUUUUCUCAAAUUAAGAUGUCAUUCCAUUCUUUUAUUUAGUGCAUAAUUAAAUCUGAAGCGUCUUUCAUCUUUCAAAAGACUACUUCCUCCUUAAUCCGAAUGUAAAAUAAUCUAAGGUAUUUUCUCCACUUCAAGGAAGGAAAUAAUGAAAUGUGAAUUGAAUAUAUUUGGAAGAAGACAAAAAAAGCACCAUUUUCUAAAUUGUACACUGAAAAAGCCUAGAAAUGAAAAAGUUAUUUCCCCCCUGCUGCUGAAUCGGCUCCAACUGAUAGAGCAUGGUGUUAUCUAGGAAAGGGAAGCGAUGAUAUGAUAUGUCCUCGAAUGGUGCUUUCUUUGGUUGUGGAACUCGCUCUGAUUUGAAAACUAUCAUGAUGUUGGCUUCUUCUCUUAUGCACCAUAGAGACAUCUUUAUUUUAUCAAGGAUAUUUCUCGUGUCAUUUUUUGGUUUGAUUGAUAGAUUAAUGUAAACAAUCCCAGAGGAAACAGUUCCAAAUAAGAGCAGCUCCUUAUCAAAGCUUUAGAUGAUUUCUCUGCACCUGUAUUUUUUUUUAAUUAUCUUGUCUGCUACUAACUGUUUUUUUUCAUUUUUAAGCUCAUCUGAUUUGGGAAAAAGAUUUAUGGAUUUUAUAAUUUUGUUGUUUCUUAAUUGGUCGAUGUGUCUCUCCUUCUGCCUUGAAUUUCUUGCGAUUUCAGUCGAUCAUUAUUUUUUUUCCUUUGAGAAUUGGCAAAAAACGAUUUUAGUUAUAAUUUUCUCAUUUUCCCUUAUACGCAGAGAAAAUGAACAAUUAUCCAAAUAUGGUGACACCAAAUCAGCUCGUAGCAUCAUGCUAAUAGAGCUUAAGAAACUCAUUGAAGCCAAUCCUCUAUUCCGAGAAAAGUUGAUCUUUCCCACUCUGAAGGCAUCACGAUUACGGACGCUAAUUAACCAAAGGUAAUUAAGAUAGAUAUAUGGCAUAUUGUCUUCUAUCUUGUUUCUUCAUCUUCAUGUAAAAUCAAUACUUUUUCUUCGUAAGUUCUGAAAUUCACCCAUAUUUUUAGACUUUUUUUUUCUGGUUAAAAGCCUUGUAGUCUUACUAUAUUAACGAGAAAUUUCCAUGUCAUCUUGUUCGUUCCCUGACAUGUGCAUAUUUGCUUAUGCAUACUCGUGCACAUGCAGAGAAUGAUUAUUUGAGUUUGUGUAUGAAUCCCCACGUAUGUUACUGAAUCAAUGGUUUUGGUUAUGGCAGCUUGAAUUGGCAGCACCAGCUCUGUAAGAAUCCCAGGUCAAACCCUGACAUCAAGACCUUGUUCAUAGAUCAUACUUGUUCACCGCCAAAUGGUUCUCGCACACCACAGUCAGCCACCGUUCCUCUUUCAGCAGUUCCCAAACCUGCUCCAUAUAUGGCGCUUGGGACCCACGGAGUACGUUGCUAUACCAUCUCAUUUGACUUGUUUUGUAUGUAAUUGUUAUGACAUUCUGCCCGGGUUUUACAUCAUCCUGUCUGGAUUCAAUGUAGACUUUUCCGCCUGCUGUGGCGGCCAAUGCCAAUGCUUUAGCAGGCUGGAUGGCAAAUGCAGCUGCUUCUUCGUCCGUGCAGUCUGCUGCCGUUGCUGCAUCACCAAUAACAGUUCCACAGAAUCAAGGUCUGAACCACAUGUCAAAGAAUAAGAAUAUCGUGUGCUAGUGAUGCUUAUGUUGAUGAAAGCCCUAGCAGAUUUUCUUCUUUGUUUUCCUUUCUUGAGUGUUCACUAUUCAACUUCUUUCUUCAAUGUUGAUGAAAGCCCUAGCAGGCUGAAUCAAUGCGGUGUCCACACAUAUAAACGGCUGAUUGAAACUCAAGCAUAAAAUCCACAUAUCAUUUUUAAUGUCAAAUAAAAUUUUUAAAAGGACUGUUAAUUCAUCAACAUUGUUUUUAUUUAACAUUAGAAAUUCCUUGAAUAAUGAAUCUGUUUCCAAUGAAAGAUAUGUAUCUCGGAUCUCAUGUUAUAAAUGAAAACUAAAUAGUUUGACUCUACAGAACAUAAUCAUGAUGCUCAGCUUUUUCGUGACCAUAAUGUUUCUAAUUUUUCGUUCAUAUCUGAUUUUUUUCUCAAUCAUUUUUGUGGGGCACAAUCCAAAAGGCGUAUUGUGCGGAAAUCCACUCACUGAAUAAAACUAAUGACGAUCUCCUCUCCCACGACUCCUAUAGCUUUCAUUUUUUUUCCCCAGGGAAGAAACAACUCUAGUUUUCCACAACACGUAAUCUGACAUGCUCAGAAUACCAUUUGAACAUGUUGAGCCUCUAAUGGCUCAAAAUAGGUAUCCCACUCUUUAUAUGAAAUUGAAAUCAUUUCAUGAUGUUUAUAGAUAUCCCACUCUUUAAAUUUAUUUAUUUUUUGUCUUACAGAGAGUUAUUUGUUUGUCAUGAGGACGUGUCCAUUGAUAACUUGUAGACGUCAAAUUCUGUGAUAUCACAAGAAAUAGGAAGUUGACCUAUGGCAUAAGCAGGCUCCUUUUCUAGACAACUACAUUUUCCUACACUAGGAUGAAAAAGGUUUCCGGUAUUUACUGUAUAUGACUGUUUUCCAUUCUUAUCAGAGGUAAGAUAGCCUGGUGUGAUAUCUCUUUAGAUGUGGACUUUCAUCAUAUCCACUAAUAUUGAGUUAAUGCGUUCCUUUUAUUCUAAAUCCAAAUUCCUUCUAAAACUUUGGGUUUUCCUCAAAUAUUUUUAACUGUUAAUAAGUUGAUCCUGAUACACAUCAGAAGGUAUGAAAAGCGUUCCUACUCAUACAUUGACCAUAACCAGAACAAGUGGCAAUGUAUCCGCCAGGAGGUAAUUCUGAUGUCGGAAAAGUUUCUUGUAUCUUGCCAGAUGAUCAUUGAAUGUUAAUAUUAACAUCCAAGACAUAUGAUGGCAAUGAAAAAUAAUAUUUUUGACUACAACACGGUGCUAUAAUGUUUUCAUUACAUUGAGACGGGGGAAAAAUCAUGUGCUUCAUGAAAUUAUUGAUGCAGCAUUACAAGGGCGAUGAAAAUUUUCAUUUUUCCUUUGUUCAGUUUCUAUUCUGAAACGUCCAAGAACUCCUCCGAAUGUACUGAGUAUGGGGGACUAUCAAAAUUCGGAUCCGGACCAACUGAUGAAACGUUUACGCCCAAUUGCUCAUCCCGUCGAUGAGGUAGUGAAUUAAUUUGAAUAUUAUUAUUACGUGUUUAAGUGUCUGUAAUGUCGCUUCGGUUCAGCAUUUUUUAUUUAUUUUUUACAUCGUGGUAUUUGCAUACUAUUCUACAGCGUCUUAUGUUAACUGGCACGUUCAAUUUAUAUACCCUUGACCACUUCUGCAGUCUGUGUGGUCAUCAGAUGACCUUCCAAAAACCGUAGCUUGUACAGUGAGCCAGGGAGCGAACGUAACAAGCAUGGAUUUUCACCCUUCUCAUCACACUCUUCUUCUUGGUGAGCAAAAUCUCAUCAUCUGGAAGCCCCAUAUCUUCUUCUUGAUAAGCAUUUUCUCUGAAAAUACUUCCGCAUCUUUCUUUGGCAGUGGGAUCUGGGAAUGGUGAAAUUGUACUUUGGGAAAUUGGUUUGCGGGAGAGGUUGGUCUCGAAGCCAUUUAAGAUAUGGGAUGCGGCAGCUCGCUCAAUAGCUUUUCAGGUCUCAAAACCAUUUAAGAUCUUUGUAGCUUUUCUAGCCAUUUUUUUCUAAAUGAAUUGCAAAUGUGAAAUGUACUUGCUUUUGUGAAUUGCCCCCUUACCUAAAAUCUUAAUGAAUCACGUAUGUUUUAUUGGAUCCUUUAGUUUUUGGUAUUUAGUCUUGCUAAGAAAUGUUUUUGGCAUAAUCGCCUAUGAUGUAAAAUCGCCUUAUCCUUUUUCAAGUAUCUAGACUGCUUGAAGAAUAACUAAAUGAGAGAUAGAUACAAUAGUGCCUAUGCAAAAUCUUGAGCAGGCAAUCAAACUGUUAGACAAACCAUAAUAACAGCCUAUAAAGGUUCACAUACUUUUAUCUGUAUGUUGUUGAGUUGUUUCUCUAUAAUUUUUUUCUUGUUUUAAUGAUAUUCUUUCUUAUUAAGCAGGCUACUUUAGUCAAAGAUUCUUCAAUAUCGAUUAAUAAAGUGGCAUGGAGUCCAGAUGGAAGUCUGAUAGGUAUCUCUCACCCAGAGGUUACUGCGGCUACUUUUCAUUAUUGUCAUCUGUUUGAAACUGUAUCCUGCCCUUUCAGGAAUUGCGUUCACGAAACACUUGAUCCACUUGUACUCUUACCAUGCACCAAAUGAUUUGCGGAAUUUGUUGGAGGUGGGAAAUUUCAUUUCUACUUUUACUACUCUAGUGACCGCUGUUAACACGAGGGACAUGCACUAGUUAAUGACGUGAAAUGGCCUUCGCUAUUCAUCUAUGUAUUCGUGUUUGUGUUGGGGAAGGGGUAGGGGGGAGAAAAUGGGGGGGAUUACCUUUUCUAUUGAAAUUGAUGAUAAUCCUGUCCAAUUUUUUUACAUGAACAGAUUGAUGCCCAUGUCGGCGGAGUGAAUGACAUAGCAUUUUCUCAUCCAAACAAGCAGAUCUGUAUAGUUACUUGUGGAGAUGACAAGCUUAUAAAGGUUGAUCUGAAGACAAUGACGUCCUCGUUGUGCCCAUCUGUCUUUUUAUUUUCCACCUCGAAACUAAAUCGUGUUUGCAAUCCAGGUCUGGGAUCUGAAUGGAAGGAAAUUGUUUGCGUUUGAAGGACACGAAGCUCCUGUUUAUUCUGUGUGUCCUCACCAUAAGGACAAUAUUCAGGUAGAUACUACUGUCUGCGUGCGCUUCUUCUCUCAACCGUCUCUAGCAUUAGCAGUAUUAAACCCAUUGUUCAACUCUGAGAUUGUAUACUGAAAGCAUUAACAAUAUCCCUCCAAACCAUAAUCGAGGCCAAGUCCGUGACUUCCGUGGGUCUGAAACUGAUGACAGAUUUGUCCCUCUAAACCGUACCUAUGCACUCAUCCUAGUGAUUGGAAAAAUGAUUACUACCACUAGUUGUAAUGUGCAGUGAUUUCUCUGUGAUUGUACACCUACUCUCGCCUACACCGAUUUGAUUUGCUUGUGUGCAAAUAUAACCGGACGGCUGCCUAAAAUGGAAUAGAUAUAUGUGCACUCAAUGGAGGUGUGAUAUCAGUUGUAAUACUUGGGAGCUGGUUCAUUGCCACAAUUUGUCAACCUUGCAGUUGGAUAAAGUUACGGGAGGAGCAGAUCCUGGAUAAAAUUAAAUGACGAUAAGCAGUCAGUUUGAGAUUAUAUGCAUGGAAUUUUACUUUAACUGUUCCUGGUAGUGAGUCGUCGUUUUUUUGUGAACUGGCAGUUCAUUUUUUCUACUGCUCUUGAUGGGAAAAUCAAAGCUUGGCUCUACGACAAUAUGGGGUCCAGAGUUGACUAUGACGCCCCUGGACGUUGGUGCACCACAAUGCUCUACAGUGCGGAUGGAAAUAGGUAGACCAGUUCUUAACGUGGAGUGACUACUGCUAAUUAGUUUGCAACCAUUAUUUAUGUUUAUUUUUGCACUGUAUUCUGCCACAUUGUCUAGACUGUUUCAUUUACCCUUUUCAUCGUCCAGAUUAUUCUCAUGUGGAACCAGCAAAGAUGGCGAAUGUUUCCUCGUCGAAUGGAAUGAAAGCGAGGGAUCAAUAAAGAGAACAUAUUCAGGAUUUCGCAAAAAAUCAAACGGUGUUUUGCAAUUUGAUAUCACACAGAAUCACUUCUUGGCUGUUGGUGAGGAUAAUCAGAUAAAAUUUUGGGAUGUGGACAAUGUCAACAUGAUUACAAGCACAGAUGCUGAUGGUGGACUCCCGGUCAGUUUUUGUCCUUUGGCGCUUAAAUGUUUCACUCGGAUGAAUCCACUGUAGUUGUUUAUCACUUUAAUCCUUUAUUGAUUUCUUCAGAACCUCCCUCGCCUGAGAUUCAACAAAGAAGGGACCCUUCUUGCUGUUUCUACAGCUGACAAUGGUUUCAAGAUACUUGCCAACGCCGAGGGUCUCAGGACCUUGCGACCGCUUGAUAAUCGUUCUUUUGAAGCAUUGAAGGCCCAGUUUGAAUCUACUCCCCUCAAGGUAGUAAUUUUAAUACCAUUUUCAUAGGCAUCUUAAGGGAUCAUUUCCUGACUCUCCUGCUUGCUGAACAGGCAUCUGGUGCACCUCUGGUUACAAAUACUCCCCCGAAUAUUCUUAGAGUGGAUCGCUUGGAUGGAAGCUCUCCUGCCAGACCUUCUCCUCUUCUGGUACGUCUAAUUGGAUGGUUGAAGCUUACGUUCCCCUGUGCCCAUGAUGAUCUUCGGAGGAAAACUUUUGAGCACCCUUUUGACCUUUCUGUCAGUCUGAUCACUGGUCCUUUCCUGUAAUUCUCCUGGACAUUUGUAGCAUGGAUCCGAGCCGCCUUCCAAAAAUGUGGAGAAGCCAAAGACUGUAGAAGAUGUACCAGAUAAACCAAAACCCUGGGAGCUGGCAGAAAUCUUGGAGCCUUCUCAGUGCCGCGUUGUCUCUACAACCGAUUCAGGCAGCAAGGUUUAUACCGUCUCAGUUUCAUUUGUUUCCGCCUCGCUCCUCCCAUUUCCUGAAGUGUAGAACACCCCUUUUGCACAGGUUACCAGGCUUCUUUACACAAACUCUGCGACUGGCUUGUUGGCUUUGGGGUCAAAUGGAGUCCAGAGGUUGUGGAAAUGGACCCGAAAUGAGCAGAACCCGGGUGGCAAGGUGAUACUCGUCCUCUUUUUCAACAUUUAAAUAUCCUAUUUAUUUCAUCAACGAAGAAGGGUGUUUUGAACCUGUUGGUGGCUAAAGGCCACGGCCCAUAUCGCCCCAGAGCACUGGCAGCCGAGCAGUGGUCUUCUCAUGACCAAUGACGUAUCAGAUGCCAAGCCUGAGGAACCUGUUCCCUGCAUAGCGCUCUCAAAGAAUGAUUCAUAUGUAAUGUCCGCCUGUGGAGGGAAGGUCUCUCUGUUCAACAUGAUGACGUUUAAGGUAAUCCGCCCGGCAAUCCCUUGGCUGGUUGUGGGAACCUCUGUGGCCGGUGAUCUUACUGUGUAUACCAUGUGGGUAUCAUUCACAGGUCAUGACGACGUUCAUGCCCCCGCCUCCUGCUUCGACCUUCCUGGCAUUUCAUCCGCAAGACAACAACAUCAUCGCGGUCGGGAUGGAGGACUCGACAAUUCACGUCUACUACGUGAAGGUCGAUGAGGUAGCAUCUCACUCCGCUCGUGAAUUCUUUGACCAUUUCAUUUGCAGCGUAAUUAUCACGGGUUGCUUCCCCCCCUCUUCUGCGGCAGGUCAAAACGAAACUAAAAGGCCACCAGAAACGCAUUACGGGGCUUGCAUUUUCGAACCAUCUUAACAUCUUGGUAUCUUCGGGAGCUGAUGCCCAGGUAAAGAAACAACAGAGAUUAUUUUAGUUUCUCCAGUUAUUCUUUCAUGGGUUCGCGAGAUCACAGUCGUCAAAGCACCAGACCUGCUCCAGGAGUCCUUGGGCGCCUCGGGCACUCUUUCUUCUCCCCUCUUCGUAUACGGGCAUGGCUGAAGGGGGAGACUGAUACGGGCAGAGCAGAGAGAGUGAUUGGCGUGGGUAGAGUGAAUGAGAGCAGGUAGAGACGGGCAUUGGGAUAAGGUGGCCUGUUCAAUCACGAGGGUUGAUCAAAUUGUAUGAAAUGAAUGGGUGAGACUGUCGCAGGGAAGGGAAGGGGGGUGGGGGGUGGGGGGCAGCUGCUUUUUUCUUCUUUCCUCUUUUCCUCAUUGUAAAGCUUUUUGCUUUCCAUUCUGAAGCUCAGCUCUUCCAACAAGGCCGCUAAUUUCCCCCGUGCAGCUUUGCAUAUGGAGCACCGACACGUGGGAGAAACGAAAGUCAAUCUCCAUCCAGAUGACUGCGGGGAAGUCACCGGGUGGCGACACCCGGGUACAGUUCCACUCCGACCAGGUUCGCCUCCUGGUAGUCCACGAAACACAGUUGGCGCUGUACGAUGCCUCCAAAGCAGACCGCCUACGGCAGGUAAGCUCCCACUCACUCAGACCCUCCCUCUCUCUCUCCUCUCUUUUUCUCUCUCUUGCUAUAGUACAAGGUCGGAGACUCCUCAUUUCUCUCCCUCCCCUUCAGUGGCUGCCGCAAGACUCUCUGCCCGCGCCCAUAUCCUCGGCGUCCUACUCCUGCAACAGCCAGCUGGUCUACGCCUCGUUCUGUAAUGGGGACAUCGGGGUCUUUGAUGCCGACAGCUUGAGACCAAGAUGCCGCAUCGCGCCGUCAGUCUACCUCUCCCCGGCGGUCGCCAACAGGUGCUCGCAAACUCACAGCAUCGGAUGUUCUUCUUGCUCCACCAUCCCCUGUUUCUGACCGUCUUCUUCUGCAGCAGCCAGUCGGUGUACCCUCUCGUGGUGGCGACGAACCCACAGGAACCCAAUCAGCUGGCCGUUGGGUUGACCGACGGCGCCGUCAAAGUGAUCGAGCCGUCGGAAUCGGAGAAGAAUUGGGGCGCCCCCGUGCCAAACGACAACGGGGCCGCCGGCGGAAGAACGCCGGCGCCAACAGUGACGACCAGCCCGUAA